GGAGCUGCGGGCGCGCCAAGGCUGACGCGAACGCAGCUACGGGCCCUGCGAGACCAGUUUCCGGAGCUUUGCUUGCGGGCUCUCGGAAUCAUACCCGCUCGGCCUUUAGCGGGCGCACAGCCUUCCAGCCCGGAGCACAGCUGUAGAGCUGAUAACCUGCAGCUAAACGUGGGAAAAGCAGCGACUCAAUCCUGAGCUUAGCAUGGUGAGGGUUUCUGAAUGUAAGUAAGGCCCGGUUCCUGACCUCAGAGGAGAGCACAGUCUGUCGAGGGAGUUUCCACUCUAAAUCUAAAGUACCAUGGAUCUGCCUGUGGAUGAGUGGAAAUCAUACAUACUUCAGAAAUGGUCUUUGCUCCCAAAGUCCACUCAGGUCACCAUUUGUACAGCAGAGACUUUGAGCGAUAUCUUUCUUCACUCCUCUUCACUUCUUCAACCUGAGGAUGAAAUGUUUUUAAAAAGGCUUUCUAGAGGUUACUUUGUGGGAAAGGACCCCAACAUUCCCAUUUUCUACAGAGAAGAAGGAAACAAAAAAUUUCAAGAGAAGGAUUAUAUGGGAGCCACAGUGCUGUACUCUAAGGGAGUAUCGCAUUCGAGGCCAAACACUGAGGACAUUUCAUUGUGUUACGCCAAUCGCUCGGCAGCCCUCUUCCGCCUGGGUCAGUACGAAGCAUGUCUUAAAGACAUCACCAGGGCACAGAUGCAUGGGUAUCCAGAAAGAUUGCAACCCAAGAUGAUGUUGCGCAAGGCACAGUGUCUGGUGACGCUGGGGAGACUGCAGGAGGCAAGCCAGAUCGUCAGUGAUCUUGAAAGUGAUUUCACUGCCAAACAAGCCCUAGCAGCUUCCCAGUUUCAAAUUCCGCAGAGUACCCUCUGUCAUCUGAAAAUGAAGGUACAAGAAAAGGAGACUCUCACGGAAACCUCCCCAGCAGCUCUAACCAAUGCCUUUGAGGAUAUGAACCUGCGGGAAGAGAAUGAACAGGUUUCCGGUGCAUCAUCAUCUGUCAGCUUAUGCAUGGACCCUUUAAAAGGCCGCUGUCUGAUUGCCACAAAGGAUAUUCCUCCAGGAGAGCUCCUGGUGAAGGAGGAUGCUUUCGUUUGUGUCCUUAACCCAGGAGAAAUGCCACCACUGCAUUGUGGCCUGGAGAGCAAAUGGGAUACCAGAGUUACCAAUGGGGAUCUCUACUGUCACCGGUGUUUAAAGCACACUUUGGCCACGGUUCCCUGUGAUGGAUGCAGCUAUGCCAAGUAUUGCAGCCAAGAGUGUAUGCAGCAGGCCUGGGAUCUCUACCAUAGUAUAGAGUGUCCUCUAGGGGGGCUGCUUCUCACACUGGGGGUCUUUUGCCACAUUGCCCUGAGGUCAACCCUUUUAGCUAGAUUUGAGGAUGGUGGCAAAGUCAUAAGACAGCUUUGUGGUGAGAUUAGUAACAAGGACAUCUGUUUACCUGAAAGCAAAAAUCUGGUGCAGACACUCAGUUCUCACCUGGGAGGGGAGGGUGAGAAAAAUGGCAAAACUGCUGAGCCCCCAAUUCCUGGAUGUGAUAUUAAUGGGAAGUAUGAAAAGAAUUAUACUGCUGUCCUACACCUUGUGCCCCAUACUAAAAACCACAGCCCAGAGUACAAAUUCCUCUGUGCCCUCAGUGUGUCCGCACUGUGCAGGCAGCUGGAAGCAGCCAGUUUGCAGGUCCUCACAACAAGCCUGAAAUGCUCUCAGGCCAAAGCAGCAGUGGUUCCUGGGAGGUGUGAAGAGUUGCACAUCUGGGGAGUGGCCAUGCUGAGACACAUGUUACAGCUACAGUGCAAUGCUCAGGCGAUAACUACCGUACAGCAAAUAGAACCUAAAGAGAACAUCAUUACCGAGAGCAGGCAGGUACGCCUUGCCACAGGCAUCUUCCCCGUUGUCAGCCUCCUGAACCAUUCCUGCAGCCCCAACACCAGCGUGUCCUUCAUGAGCACUGUUGCCGCCAUUCGGGCCUCCCAGCAGAUUGGAAAAGGGCAGGAGAUUCUCCACUGUUACGGGCCUCACAAGAGCAGGAUGGGUGUUGCUGAAAGGCAACAGAAGCUGAGGUCUCAGUAUUUCUUUGACUGCAACUGCCUGGCUUGUCGGAAUGAAAAGCACAGAGCCGCUGUAGGACCCAGAUGGGCGGCGUUCCGCUGUAACAGCUGCAGAGAGCUCAUGCAGGGAGAUGAUGUGCUGAGCUGUAGCGGUGCAUCCUGUACGGAAUCAGCGAGCAGGGACCACCUAGUCUCUCGGUUACAGGACGUUCAGCAGCAGGUCGGGAUGGCCCAGAAGCUUCUCGGGAGUGGCAAACUAGAGCGAGCCAUUCAGCUGUUGCUGGGGUGCCAGCGUGAUGCUGAGAGCUUCCUGUCCACAGAACACAGCGUGGUGGGAGAAAUCGAGGAUGGCCUGGCCCAGGCCUAUGCUGCUUUAGGGGACUGGCAAAAGUCAGCUACCCAUCUGCAGAAGAGUCUCCGAGUGGUUGAGGUUCGCCAUGGGCCAUCCAGUGUUGAAAUGGGCCAUGAGCUCUUCAAACUGGCCCAGAUCUUUUUCAAUGGGUUUGCUGUACCCGAAGCUCUGAACACAAUUCAAAAGGCAGAAAAGGUUCUACUGGUGCACUACGGCCCUUGGAACGAGGAGAUCCAGGAGCUACAAAAGAUGAAAUCCUGUUUAUUGGACUUGCCACCCAGCCCUGUGGCGCCUUCUGUGUAGGGUCCCAAGGGGACUUUGACCCAUAGGAAAGGAGCCUUGGAAGAUGAGUUAAAGAGGUUCUGUUGCCACUGAGCUGUCACCAGGAAAUGCAGGACUUGCUUGACAGGCGCAAGCCUAGUGUAUGAGGCGUGGGGAGGACUUGGAAGUCAUUGUAGUUGGAGAGAUGCUCACCUAGUUUGAUGAAUGUUUCUUGAAAUUGUUAACCGCCCUCCAGUAAAAACUCCCAGUUCCCAGAAAAGACUUUAAAACUAGUAUCUGGAGAGCCUAAGCCCUUUAAAAGGAUUUUAGCUGAUCCGCAGGCAUCCGGAUGUUGGCCUGGGGUUUUGGCUAGAUGCCACCUCACUAAAUGACGGCAGUCUGUUUCCUUGGAACAUUCCUAUGGUUUCUAGUAGUAAUGAAAUGUUGUGUACCACUCCAGCGGGAACUUAAACUCCUAGUAGUUGUAUUGUAAUUGAAAAAUAAUUAUAAAGCAAGAAAUCAGUGAGGCUCCUUAUCUCUAGAGACAGUUUCACUUAUGGUAUCUAGCUUCCUCAAAUCCUUUGUUAAAACCGGUGGAGUAUAAAUUGUGAACAGAGAAAUAAAUAUGGGGCAUUUUCUACCAGUUUUCCAGGCCUUAUUAUCUGGCUUUCAUUCUAUACUCGGCAGAUUCACUGACCAAAUACUAAUAAAAUCAGGCUUAUAGCAAUGACUUUGUAUCA